AUGGAGGCGUUGCACAGCUGCAGCCACUUGCCGACUGGGGAGCAGUCCGGAGGUCACGACCAGCCUCAGCCAGGAGAGUCUGCUCUGCCUCUCCCAGAACCUCAGCCUCUCAAAUCUCCCUCCUCCCAGAACCAUGAACCGCAGACACAACAGACUCACUCCAAACAAGGAGGCCCUCAACAACAACAACAGCAGCACCAUGGACAACACCACAAACUGCCUAAUAAGCGGGAGCGCAAGCGUCUCAGACAUCAGAGGCAAAGCGUUGAUUCUGACACCCCACCAGCGGAGGAGGGUAAGCAUGCAAAGGGAGAGGCAACACCGACCAGAGUGGCUCGGACUUCGUCUGGCAGGACCCCGGCGACUCCCUCCUCAUCAUCCACCUCCACCCAGUCUACAGAGGCUCCUGCCACAGAGGAGAACCAGGAGGGCACCCUAAAGCAGAAACGGGAGCGUAAGCCUGGAAAACCUGGGAAAUAUGUGUGCUCUUACUGCGGCCGUGCCUGUGCCAAGCCCAGUGUCCUGCAGAAACACAUCCGCUCCCACACAGGAGAGAGGCCCUACCCCUGUGCUCCCUGCGGUUUUUCUUUCAAGACCAAGAGCAACCUCUACAAGCACCGGAAGUCCCAUACCCACAGGGUGAAGGCCGGCCUCGCCUCUGUAGAGCCCAGUGCUUUAGAAGAACCGGUGCCAGAGUCAGAAGACGAAACUAGACAGCAAUUGUCUGCUGCCUCCUCCAACUUGGAGAGACAAGGCAGCGUAGCCAACGAGAAGACCCAUAAAGACACUGAGAGGCCUACAGAGCAGUCCAGUGGGAUGGACAACUCCUACGCUGUCAAGAAGAGGCUGGCCAUGCGUUUGAGCCGAGGGAAACGUGGCCCUCUAGGCUCGUCUGACUCGAUCAGUUCCUCGUUGGGUAUGGGGAGUAGAGGCAGCACAGAGUCUGGCUAUUUCUCUCGUUCUGAGAGCACUGAGCAGUCACAGGACAGCCCACCCAACGUAACAAGUGCCAAAAGCUACGCAGAGAUCAUCCUGGGGAAAUAUGGCCGUCUGGGCCACCUCCAGAGGAUGUCCCGGCAUCAGGACCAGCAGCCUUCUGGAAGCCAGGGACAGCAGGAAAAGAGCAUCCCAUUCACAGUGCCCAAGAAGCAGGUCAUUGACCACAUCACCAACCUCAUCACCAUCAAUGAGGCUGUGGUGGACACAAGUAAGAUCGACAGCGUCAAGCCCAGGAGGUUCUCUCUGUCUAGGAGAAGUAGCACAGAGUCUAACUCUAAGGUUUCUUUAUCUCUGAAAGAGCCACCUGUAGUCCACCACAGCACCAACAACCCUGGAGACCCAGGCUUUAAGAGCAGUGGUUCCAUCACUAUGGGUGUUCCGUGUGAGAAGUUCCAUCAUCACCAGUCACUACACAUGGAUUCAACGGCAGGCCAGACAUCCACUUCCAUGGCUCCUCUUCUGAGAAGCCUCUCUAUGCCCUCUGCUGCUAGUUCAACUAAUGCCUCCUCUGGCGUCUGCCCACAAAACUUCCGCCUUAGCCAAUCUUUCGAUGAACGGUCUGAAACACAGUCUCGCCGCAUUGGGAUGCUACGACGCCAGCCUGCUAUCGAACUACCCCCAGGUGCUGAAUUCACUAAAGAGGGACAUAGUUUACUCAGUAGCUCCAACACGCGCUCCAAUCACAAUAUGUCCGUCGUGCCUCCUGACCACAAGCAAUGUCAACCAGAGCCGUACGAGUGUGAGUCCUGUGGCAUUGUAUGUAAGAACUGGGAAGGUUAUAAGGCACACAAGAGAAGUCCUUGUAUAGCACGACUUCCCCAAGAGAGUCUUGGUACAACAAAAUGCCAGCUGGACCGUUCACAGUUGAUGCACUAUCCGAUCAGCAGACCAGGGGCUUUGGCAAUGCGCAAGAGAAGGAAAGAGGAGAGUUUUGAAUCUGAUGAUCCAUCCUCUCCUGUUUCUUUAUCCAUACCCACCUUGUCCACAUUGGUGCAUGACAGAGACGAAAAAAGUGUAGCAUGCAAUAGAAACUCAUGGUCACGGUUAGAGCAGGAUCGGGGAGGGACAUCAAAAGGUUUCUCAGUGAUUCAGCAUACUAGUUCAUUUGAGAAACAGGACACUUUGUUUACAGAGAGUCAAGGUAAAGAGGAGGCGCAUAUUAAAUUCCAAUCUCAUGAGGAUGCAUCCCAAAAACAACUGCAGGAACACUCGUCCAAACCAACACCUCGCAAACUGGUGCGCCAACACAAUGUUCAAGUCCCUGAGAUAUUAAUCACUGAGGAUUCCAACACCAAUGUUAUUGAGUCUGUUCAGACACAGUCAGAAACAGCAUCCAUAAUGCCUAAACAGACCAAGAGGACAGAGGAGUUCCAGUGGCCACAGAGGAGCCUCACCCUGUCUGGGGUACCCAUCGAGAAGCUGCCCCCAAAGAAGAAACGUAUUCGCCUGGCCGAGGCCGCCCAGUCUUCAGGGGAGUCCAUGUCCAGCUUUGACUCCAUCUCCCUGCCUCACAGCCCCAGCCAGGACAGCUGUGCAUCCCACGCAUCUAGCCACUCUGCAUCCUUUGAGGAGUCCACCAGACCCGGAGACAUGGAGACCCUGGCUGGGACACCAUUGAGGAGGUCCAGGGCCCCUAACAUGUUGACCGUCCCAGGGCUGCAUCAUCACAAAAGGGAGAUGCGGCGGUCGGCCUCAGAGCAAGCACCUCACGACCCAAAGCAGCAAUCUGUUUUGAUGGCAAUGUCGGAGAUGCGAAGCAAGUCUUUUGACUACAGCAGUUUGUCCCCUGAGCGCUCGGCGGCCGGCUGGAGAGACAGACGCAAAUGUCUCCUUAUGAGACACACUGCGGUCAGGGACCCAGAGGAGGAGGAGCAGCCUGCUAAGCCUGCAGAACUAAAGCUGAACCCCAGUUCCUCCAUUUUUGCCAAACACACAGCACUAAAGGUGAACAACCCUUCUCACUGCAGCCCCAGUCCUGACCCUGUCAGUCCCAGCACUUCUUCUAAACUAAGCCCAGGUCCUCAACACCUUAGUCCGGCCGCUGGUUCCCCUCUGUCAGGCGAACCCACGUCCUGUAACCCUCUUUGCCAAGAGCCCCCCUCACAAUGGAAACUGGGUCAAAGUAUUCAGUUGACUGGACAUUGCUCUGAAGACCUAGCCUCUCAGAACUCUGUAGAAUCUCCUGAUCCCCUCCAGAGGGUAUCCCCAUCACCUCUCUGUUCAGGGAAGCCUGUAAUUAUCUCCCUCCGUCCUGUCCACACCUAUAUCCACCCUGCCCAAUCCCGCCCUAUCUACCCUCCCCACCCCCUCCCCACCCAGUGCCCAUUAGGGAUUGCUAGGGCCCACUACCUUCCAAUAUCCACAGGCCUGAAGCUGGAGAUCCCAGUCCCAACUCACAGUCAUGAUGGACAUUCAGAGUUUGUAACACAUCCUCCGCAGAUCCUCCACCCUCACCCUAACAUCACACUCAGCCCAGAACUACUCCGGCCCUCCAUAUCACCAGCAGUAGCAGUAGUCCGGCUACAGGCAGACACCAACACCCUAGCCAGUGCCAUAUACACCACUCUGUCCCAAACCACAACAUCUAGGUCCCAGGAACCUGUGUGUUCUGGAUUAAACAGUGGCAAUAGAAAUACCCCAACGUCUGAGCAUAACAGCCACCUGGUCAUGACUCUGCCUGCAGGCAGCAAGAGGUUGUCUGAGACUCUGCUACCAGUCAGCCAGUUGACUCUGCCUCCAGGCAACCACUUGGCUUUGCCUCUGCCUCCAGGCAGCCAGUUGUGGUCUGAGGAGGGCUGUAGAUCUUCAGGCUCAGGGAGCAACAAGCGCAUGUUAUCCCCUUCAAACAGUGUCGAUUUUAGCCCCGAUUCCAAACAGCAGCAGAAACGAGUGAAGGAGGAGGAAGAAGAAGAGGAGAGUUGUGUAGGAAACGUAAUCACGGAAACAUCAACAAAAGAAGAAGAGGUUGAGAUUCCAACAUGUUUACCUAGGGUGUGUACUCCCAUAAGUCCAGAAGGACCUUCAUAUCCAACCCUCCAGUCCACCACCUCUCACAGCUGGUGUUAUCUAAACUACGUCAAGCCAAACCCCACCACCUCGACUGACCAGCCCUCAGUGUACUCCUCCUGGUCUACCAGCGAGUAUGACCCCAACCCUCCAGGCCUCUCCAGCAAGACAGCCCUAUCGCUGUUGGACUGCAAGCAGAGGGUCAGCCCCACUAUCUACACCAUGUCUCCCAUGUCAUCCAUCCCGGCAGAGACCCCACCAGAGCCUGCCGACAUGAAGACGCCAUGCCCUUCUGAGGUAAGUAGACUUUACUGGAGGCCUCCUCAUAGAAUGGCCAAUGUGAAAUAUGGAAUACUGUAUGCGUUUAGUUAUUUUACCUUGUCCCAUACUGUACUAUGUGUUGUAGUCUUUCAUACUAUAUUUUGUUAAUGAUCCUAUACAGUCUUACAUUUAGUUACUUCUCAUUUGAAGCGUCUAGGCCUAUAUUGUAAAUUGUAAUGCUACAGUAUAAUUUAGAUAAGUACUGAGACACAUAAGUUAUGAUGAAUUCCCCCCAUCCCUGUUUCCUUGGCCUGAUCUUGCUGGAGCAGGGUUGGUGAAUUUGCCCUGCAUGUCUCUCUCGAGUGUAGGUACAUGCCACUCUGCCUGGCGACAGCCACCGUGUCGAGACAACAGAGCAAGAGCAGUCCGCAGAGGACAAGGAGCCAAAGAAAGAACGAGAGAAGGAGGAAGAGAAGGAAGAGGCAGAAAAAGAAGAGGAGGCCCAGUCGACCAGCAAAUGUAGAGAACCUCCACCUCGAAUCUGGAUCUGUGAGGGAGGGUGAGUAGUCUAUGACUGAUUACAUUUGACAGUUGAAAUAACACUUCCCAAUAUUACAUAAUUAAAAAAUGCAAAGCUUCAUUGGCUUUACAUUCAUAAAGACAUUAGAAACUACACUCAGCCUUACAAGUGUUUCUCUAUACGGUGCAAGCCAUGGUACAUGUGUACCAUGGCAGUGCGGGUAUUUAGUCUCUGUGUCGUGUGUGCAGUGCUGGGAAGUGUUGUCAUUCCCCUCUGCAGGACAUGAGGGGCUAAGGGUUGGCUGUCUGACUACACCAACAGAGCCUGUCUGUUGAGUGGCCCUAGCCAGGAAAUGACCAACAACUACCCAUCUUCCUCUACUGUACCCUGUAGAUGCUCAGUUACACCCAACACAGUCAAUGGUUCUGGCCAUUCAGCUGUAGAGGGGAGGAGUGGCCGAUUUCAUUCCCAUUUUAGAUGGUGAUUGAUUGAAUGAAUGAGAACUGACAUGAUUUCUCUGUGCUUCUGGGUUUAUGUGUAUCUAUUUGUAGACAGGGAACAUAAGAGGGAUACUAUUUUCAGAGGAGAGAGAGGAAGGUAUAUACCUAGAUGAAGAAAGUGUUGUUUGAUACUAACUCUGCUUCUCUAGUAAUGGGACUUAUGUAGGAUGUGUCAGAUAGGAGAAAGAGCUGUGAGAGAUUGAGAGCGCUCUGAUUCAUCUAUGUUCAUUUACGUUAAUCCACACAGCUAGAUUGAAUCACACUGAGGUUAUAAAGCAGACAUAACUGAAACUUCUGAGAACACUUGGUCUCCUCUAUCAUAUCUGUGAUUGUGCCACUGAGGUGCCAUCUGUGCGUUCCUCUGCAUCUCUCCGAGUACCCCUGGGAACCUGUUGUUUUUGUCAUGACUCAGGUUCACAGCCUUCUUCUCAUCAGCCACAUCCCAGCUAGCACAUAACGUCUUGAGAACCAUAUGUUUCUUAGAGCUUGGUGAGAGCGUGGUUGUCCUAUGGCCGUGAUUAUCCCACAACUUUCUGGGAAUGGUGCAGGAUAGUUGCUUGGCUUUGGAACAUUCUCAGCACAUUUAAGGAAUUUGACCCCAAAAUAAUCUAUAUUUUCUUGCUAUUUCAUUAAUUUAACAGAACAUUUCCUAAAAGUUCAAACAUGGUUACAUUUAAUUUCAAUUAUGGUAAUGUUCUAGGAACGUUCUCCAACUGUUUUGACAUUGGGAAUGUUCUCAAAUAGUUCAGAGAACGUUAAGGCUUUAGUAAUGUUCAGAGAACGUUCUAAGAAUGUUUUUAAAAACAUACAUUCCGUCUAAGAACCAGAUGCCCAUAGGCACAAGGGCACGUGCCCCGUCAGCAUUGUCCUUUUUAGUUUUUGUUUAAGAUUAAAUAAAAAAAACCUAGAGUCUAUUGACGCACCUGUGCGUCACACCGUGAUGUCAUUUUCAUUAUUGAAUAGCUCCCCGUGUGUUUAUGCUAGAGACUUUACGUUUCUUGCAGUGGCUAUUCCAUAACAUGGGGCUUGUUAAAGCUGUGUUUUCUACACUUGAGAGGAUCCAGACAAGAAAACCAUAACGAAAUCGCCUGUAGAACCCAAAACCUUUUGAGCUACAAACUAAAAAGAUGAAAGAUGAGACUCUCACGAACACGACAGUGUCAUUUGUUUUGCUCUAUGACAUCCACAAGCUUUACGGCAGUCGUCUGAACUCUUUGACGCAGACGUCAUAAUUUCGAAGAGGUCUUCUCACAAAACUGACUGUCCAGAUUGAACCGUUUGAGCUAACUAAUAUACUUACAGGGGUCCUAAAAUUCCAAAUCAAAUAGCUAAAUUAGCAAUUUUAUGACCAUCCUAAAACAAUUCCAUAUGUUAGCUUAGUAGAUAUUGCGAUCUAAGGGCUUAGACCUACAGGGGUUUUUAAUGACUAAACUUCAUUUUUAAGCCCAUGUUUUAUCAUAAUUAUUUAUGUCAGUGGUAUAAAGCCACUUAGCAAUUUUAUGAAGCUGGCAUUAGCUAGCCAGCUAGAUAGGUUCCCAAUCUAUCAACCUCAUAACUAGCUACCAAGCCAUUACAGGCUAUCAAUCAAGUUAGAGUAGCUUGUCUAACUAUCUUACACCUCAGCUCCACUAUAAGCAUUGCUCGCUUUGCCAUUAGCGUCGUGUUAAUGUGAUGUUCUACCUGCUACACAGAGCGCAUUGUUUUGAGAGCUGAGAGGAGCAGAGGGGAAGAGUGUCUUUAUUCUAUUUCCCCCUACUGUCCCAUAUUCAUUGAUUGUGCGUAAGAACAGUGCCUUCAGAAAGUAUUCACACCCCUUGACUUCUCCCACAUUUUGUUUGUUGUGUUAAAUUGAUUAAAUUGAGAUUUUGUUGUCACUGGCCUACACACAAUACCCCAUAAUGUCAAAAUAGAAUUAUGUUUUUCGAAAUGUUUACAAAUUAAUUGAUAAUGAAAAGCUGAAAUGUCUUGAGUCAAUAAGUAUUCAACCCCUUUGUUAUGGCAAGCCUAAAUAAAUUCAGGAGUAAAAAUGUGCUUAACAAGUCACAUAAUAUGCUGCAUGGGCUCUGUGUGCAAUAAUAGUGUUUAACAUGAUUUUUGAAUGACUACCUCAUCUCUGUACCCCACACAUACAAUUAACUGUAAGGUCCCUCUGUCGAGAGGGAAAAUGGUUGUCUAGCAAUGAUCAACAACCAAUUUGACAGAGCUUGAAGAAUUUUGAAAAGAAUAAUGGACAAAUGUUGCACAAUCCAGGUGUGGAAAGCUCUUAGAGACUUACCCAGCAAAUUCACAGCUGUAAUUGCUGCCAAAUGUGCUUUUACGAAGUAUUGUCUCAGGGAUGUGAAUACUAGUGUAAAUUAGAUAUUUCUGCAUUUCUUUUUCCAUACAUUUGCUACAAUUUCUAAAAACAUGUUUUCACUUUGUCAUUAUGCGGUAUUGUGUGUAGAUGGGUGAGAGAAAAAAAUCUAAUUAAUACAUUUUGAAUUCAGGCUGUAACACAACAAAAUGUGGAAGGCACUGUACAAUAGCUGUACAAUUAUACUUUAAUUACACAAGUUGCUUUUGUUUACAUUGUGAAUGUAGCUAGCUAGAGUUUCUGCUAGCUAGUAGCUUCUUGACUACAUAAAUCCUAGUACAAUAACCAGUGGUGUAAAGUCGAGCCAUAGGCAACCAAAAUCAACUUUAUUUCUCAUUAUUUCAAUUCACAAGAUGGCAUGAACGCGCGCGUCAGCCAUCGAGAAUUGAACUUCUGCGAUUCUUGAGCUUGGACACUGCCAUUGGAUGUGACGCAAUGCUAGCGCAACAUGGGAAGUAUAGCAGCUUUCACUGAUUUUAAAGGAAGCAUUUCCUCAAUGGCUAUUGUGUAGCAGGGCCGUUAGCUGGUGUGCCUGCUGGCAAGAAAAUACUCAAAUUGUUAUGAUACUAUAUAUCAGUGUGGCAGUUGUACUAAACUCAUAAGGCAUAAAAGUUAUUAAAAUAAUCGAUGUGCAUCAUUAGUUAAAAUGACAAUUGAACUGGUCAAGAGGUAUGCUUAGAAAAAUAGACAUUUGUGACAUAGAAUUAGGCAUAAUGAUUAUUAGGCAUAAUGACCACCUCCCCUCCUCCAUCCUCAUGUACUUUGUGUCCCCUCUGAAAUAAUGGGUGCAUGACGCCCCUGCUCAGGAUGUUAAGAAAACGUUCCUUAAAAACCACUAGAAGACUUUAGUAACGUUCAGAGAAUGUUCUAAGCACGUUAUUUAGAGAUUUAUACAUUCCGUUCUCAGCAUCAUCAAAACUCUCUCUAUCCUCUAUCUUGUUAAGUGUGUUCAGGUGUGUUGGCCGCGCCCACUCAUUUGCCACACCUGAUCUUAAUGAGUGCUUGUUUCCUUUGUAAUGGGGUCUGUUUGAAUAGACUAAAAUGAACAGGUGUAUGAGUAAAAAAACAUGGCAUGCUAGCUCCAUCCUGGUGGCGCAGUGGAGUCAUUCCAUGGAUGGAAAAAAUAAGAUUAUGGGUUCCAAUCUCACUGAUGUUGUGUCACAAUAACAAAUGGAUUUGUUUGCAUGAUUAAUGCCUAAAUUAAUUAAUUUCCAUGUGUCCUAUCUGUGCUUGGAGUUCAACAAAGUUAGCUAGCAGUGUGUGUUAUUAAGUCUUAUUGUAACAUUCAGUGAAAGGAUGUUAUUCAGAAACCUCCAAAUAACCUAUCAUUUCCGUUCUCAGAGCGUUAAUAAAACCUCCAAGGAACACGUUCAAGGAACCAAAGUAAAAUGUUCUCAGAACUGGCAAAAUGUGGCUUUGUUCCCACAACCAAUGUGAAACCAAAAACAUACGUUCCCACAACUUCCAAGAAACCCAAUGUGCUAGCUGGGAAUGACUCAUCUCUAUUCCCGGCUGCGCUGUGUGUAGCUCUGAGCCCACCAACUCCAUCUGUUCGGGCCGGUGUGUGUGUGUGUGAGGGAUGAUAAAACAAAGCAGUGAAAGACAGAGGAAGUCAAACAAUGAACUUUCAGUAUGGCUACAUUACGGUGGAGUGUGGGCUGACUGAGGGAGGAUUUAGUGUAGGCUGUCUCGCUGAAGAUAAAGCUAGGGGCAGGAUCUGUGAAUGGGUGUCAGAGUAAACUAUGAAUUGUGAGUUGGUUGGUGGCCAUCAUUGUGCCUACAUGCUGUAUAUCAGUUUCGGCGUGUGGGAUUUUUUGUCAUUGGGCACGUACACACGCAUGCAUCCACACGCACAUACACACACACACAAUUGAAAUACUUCAUUUGAAUCCACAAAUCACAUUACAUCAUAAAGGAUUCAAACAUUUCAAAGGUCGUUGAUGCAAGGACACUUAAGGAAACAAAAAGCACCUUCUCCUCCACACAGCUAGGCUGCCCAUAAUGGCUGAAACAGAGCAGUACCUAGACAGUGGUUUUGCUCUACUCUUAGGCAGCCCUGCAAUCUGAAGGCCAUGUACCGUAAGCCUAUGUACGUGCCCCAGACUGCCAAAUAUCAAUGCCACCCAGACUGCCCAAGAAUGAUAUGAGGGACUGGUAUUUAAGGAGCUUUUCAGAGAAGGCCUGCUCCAUGUAACAAUCAACACACACACACACACACACACACACACACACACACACACACACACACAGAAUUAAGCAUGUUAGCUAUCAUUGUAAUUCCUGUUCCUAUUAAUAGAAAGGUGUUUUAUUUUCUGUUUAUUUGGAGCAGCUGGUCUGAGCCCAGGGUUUCCCUCCCUCUCUUGUCUGUUUUUAUUGGCUGGCUGUUCCAAACCCUGUGUUUUUAUUGGCUGGCUAUUCCAAACCCCGGCUGAUGUCGCAGGCUUUCUGUGUUUGGACUAGGGUUGGGUGGUGGUGGUGUGAGAGGGUGGUGAUGGGGGUUAGAGUCCCACUGCAGGGCCCCCACUUCAGCUUCACACAGAGGGGCUUUUAUAACCCCAAACCAGAACACACUCCAGCCCAAAAGCAUACACACAGAAGGGCGUGUGCCAAACAGAUACGGUGAUCAAUGGAAACUUUAUAGCAGCUUGCAGGUGCUAUAUACAGUAUAAAGAAUCAAUGCGUAUUACAGACAUAUGGACUGUGGUUUCAUCAGGGGUGGAAAUGAACUCACCACUAAAAAUUUCACCCGGGAUUCAGAUCAAAAGAUCAGAACUUUUGAAACUCUGUUCACUCACGUUUCUCUCCAUUCCUAGUUGUUAUUGAAAGAGUGAUAGCAUCAAGUCACAAGGUUUUGGUGAUAUCACAAAGGUUUUUUGGUGGCAGCAUUACCUAUACAUAAUAAAACUACACUACACUAAUUAAAAAAUGUUCUCUGUCUCUCUCAUCCCUUUAGCUACAGGUCUAGUGAGGAGUAUGUGUACGUGCGGGGUCGAGGCAGGGGCAGAUAUGUGUGUGAGGAGUGUGGUAUCCGCUGUAAGAAGCCUAGUAUGCUCCGUAAACACAUCCGCCUGCACACCGAUUCACGACCCUACGUCUGCAAGCACUGCAACUUUGCCUUCAAAACCAAAGGUGAGCUAUGGAUAGACACAGGAUUGCUGCCUUGUUGUGGUUACAAAUAGUCACAGGACUGCAACUUUUUAGUGGGUAUGGAUAGGUACUGGGAUUGCUGCCUUAUUGGGACCAGGUCUCUCUUAAAAAAUAGAUUUAUAAGGAAAGGGUACUGCUGACCUGCUUGGAGUUAGCAUCUCUGUUCAUCCAGUUUGUUAGGGAUGUCUCGGGAUGGUAAUGUGAGGGUUCUCUGUUGUUCCAGGGAACCUCACUAAACACAUGAAGUCCAAGGCCCAUGGGAAGAAAUGCCAUGAUGGGCCAAUGACCGGCCCUUCCCUGGAAGAGACUGAGGCUGAUGAAGGUAGGACGAUGUUAUGUUGCUGUGUCUACCUUAUAAGUAUCCAAUAAUACUUUGUUGUGUUGUGUUGCCUUAUACUCCCCCCCCCCUUCCUCUCAGGAGGCAAUGAAGACUGCUCAGUCUGGCCAGAGACAGGACAGGACGAGCACCAAUUCUCUGACGUCAGUGAAACUGAAGAUGACUACGAUGACAACGAGUAUGAUGAUGAAGAUGAUGAUGGUGAGGAGGAGUCCUGGUCCCAUGAAGACCCUUCCACCACCUCCACAAGCCACCUGAAGCCACCCAAACCCCCAGACCAGAACAGAACCACCCCAGACCGGGACAGGACCAGACCAUCUGGUUCAAGCCCGUCCAGCCAGCCUCAGAGACUGAAUUCCCAGGAGCCAAGCCUCUGUUACCCUGCUGGUUCCCCCAGCAAGAAGAGAGCUCUGUUCUCCCGGAGGAGGCACCUGGACCGCGCUGGUCACCGCUCCCCACUGCACUGUCCAUCACCAACCCUAUCUCCAUCUCCAUCUCAUCGCCUGUCCUCAUCUCCAGCCCCAGCCCUAUCUCUGUCCCUAACCCAUCACAUGUCUCCUGCUCACUCCCUAUCCCCUAGAGGGGACCUGUCUCCUCUCCGCUGCCCUUCCCCUAGGCAUAACCUCUCUCCUGUCUCCUGCCACCCCUCUCCUCCACCACUCUCAUCCCUGUCCCCUAGGCAUAAACUGUCCCCUGCCCCCUGUCACCCCUCCCCACCCUCCUCUCUGUCUCUGCUAGGUUGUCAUGUCUCCCCCUCCCUAGAGAGACAUCCGUCCCCCCUAAGAGGCCUCUCACCUGUCAGGCCCAAGUCCCCCAGUGGUGGCUCCCCUGCCCCUCAGGCUACCAUCCCUGCUGAACACAGAACCUGUCUGCCCAGAGACCCAUCUUCAAAUCCCCACAGGGACAGACCUGCUACAGAUACAAGCUCCAAGGCAAGGCUUGUGAGUAUUUCACUGUCUCUCUCUGUCACCGCUAGAACACAACACAGACACACUUUGUGUCCGACCUUGUUGAUAUUUGAUCAAGGUAGCUAUGGAAGACUGUUUGGUUCGCUUUUAUUUUUGUUGUAUAAUUGGCUAUAACGUGGUGACGGAUUGGUUUGAUAACCACAGUGCUGCUCACUCACCUGCGACGUAAUCUGUCUCUGUUUGGUUAGUCGGUUCGGUUCAGAGAUUAAAAUAAACCCCUUUCUGCACACAAAGCAGUUCCUGUGCAGGCUAAACAGCCAAAUUCAAGUAAAAUAAACAUACAAAACAAAUAUAGAUAUGCAGGCUGGUACAUUCAGGGUUAUUUUAAAGUCACACCUUUCUAGGAAAAGGAAGGAAGGGUAACUCUACUUUUAUAUAAUUCAAACCAAACCAACAACACAAAACCUAAAAAUAAUGUGAGAGAUCCCAAAUAGACACAAAUGUGUUUGUUCUGGGCAGUCGGUGAUAAAACGAGACACACACCUAUCAUUAGAUGUCUGAGAUUGUAAACACAAGGACUGUCAUCAGCCUCUAAAUUUGUGUCAAUGUCUCAGUCAGCUCACCUGAUAUAAACAUGGUAUGUUUCUUCCAAGUCGUGUUGACGUUGUGGUUUGGUUGUGUCGUGGUUCUAACCUUUACACCCUUCCUUCCCCUCAUCCCCACCCAGAUGAAGAGCUACUCUGUUCAGGAGGACAACGAGCUGCGUCCCCCUCUCCUGUCCCCCAGGACUAGACCAUCCAGAGGGGGCCAUGGGGGUGUCCUCAGCCACCUGCCUCUCCACUCCCAGCAGCUAGCCAGGACCACCAACCUGAUGAUCCCCAUUGGGGGGAUCCACAUGAUACAGCCCAGGACCAGUCCACUCUACAGCCUGGUGACUAGCCCUGUGGCAGCAAAGGACACUCCUACUCCAGCAAGGAUGGACCGGUCCAUGGCAGCCCAGAACACCCCUACCCCAGCAGUAAUAGACCGAUCCAGGUCAUCGCAGGACUCCUCUACCUUAACACGAAUGGACCGGUCCAUGACAGCCCAGAACACCCCUACCCCAGCAGAGAUAGACCAGUCCAGGAUCAGGAGAGCUGGACUGGACAAAGGGCCACUUAGUUGGCCUUCAUCGUUGAAGGACCAUCAGAACACUCUGAAUGAGGAUGCUAGGCCUAGCACUAGCAUUCACACCAGCUACCAGGACAACAGGGUAGGACAGGGAGAGGCCGGGGCCGGGUGUAGACAAUCAGGACCUCUCCCAGACAAGGCAGGUAUGGCCCAUGUACAGGUGUGCACCAUGAUACCAGAGAAUCAUGGGAGUUUGAGUCAAAGGGAAGAGACUAAACUACUGUUCACUGGGACAGAGGUAGCAGGCAGCUCACACACUACAGGCGCCCGGAAGAGCACAGAAGGGGAACCACACACACAGAAGGAGAUACAGAUACACACGUUAGAGGAGGAAGUGUUUAACAAGUGA